AUGCCAGCCCACAGCAAUUUUUCUUUCUGGAUAGCCAAAAAUGACAACAAGCCCGAUUUGCUGUGUGGGAGGCCAGCUGACUACUUUGUGGUCCAGAAGCACUUCAUGAUUCUUAUCUGUGCCACAACUGUUUUGGGAGGGUUUUCAAGGAUGGUUUUAAAGAAUUCUGAGGCCCUUGUCUUGAUGAUUCUCUCUCUGUCAGGAUUUGUGAUAGGGCGACUGGCUUACCAUUUUGUUGAGGUGCACCAAAUUGUCUACCCUCUUCUAAAAACACCAAGUUUUUCACUCUAUUGUUAUUUUUUACCUUUAAUUGUAUUUGUGGCUGCUUUGGAUGUGGACUUUUACAUAGUCAAGAACGUGUUGUGGCAGGUCUUGCUAACAGGAGUGAUUAGUUUUGGCACAGCGUUUGUCACAAUCGUAUAUGUGGUUCUGAAGUUCAAUGAAGACUUGUGGGACCUGCAGUGCUCUUUACUCUUCAGCAUCACCCUGUGCAUGAUAGACCCUCUGCAUUCCGUCAACUCGCUGAAGACUAUUGGCAUUUCUAAGAUGUACACUGAUAUUAUCAGAGGAGAGUCACUGAUCAUUUGUAGUUUCACAUGCAUUUUCUUAGGAAUUUUUCGGGGCCACACAACUAAUGUUGCCAUGUUCAGGGAGUUACAUGUAAUCAUCGGACUCAGCUUUGAUAUUUUUGGAAGCACAAUAUGCGGAUAUUGCUGCACGAGAGUCAUUCAGAUUAUAUUGACCGACCUUUUCAGCAACACACUGACUAACGUAGUUCUCUGUUUUUCACUGGUGUACAUGACUUUCUACCUUGUGGAAUAUUUCGGAAUGUCAGGCAUUGUUGCUCUGGUCACGGUAGGCCUGAAUUUAGAUUCUUUAAGCUUUAAACCGAGGAUGGAGUUCAUAAUUACUAAGUUCUUAAUAAUGUGUUCCUCUGUGUAUGAACAUUUAAUAUAUGUGUUCUUUGGAAUCGUUGUUGGCUGUGGAGAAAUCAAAUAUUUAAGAUUUCACUCUCUGGUUUUCACUGUCGUCUUAUUUAUAACAGUGAAUUUUGUAAGGUUGCUUACUGUAAUUUUAGUGAGCCCUAUCUUGAUGCACUCAAGUUACGAGUAUGACUGGCGAUGGGGAGUUGUUAUUGCAUGGUCUGGAAUUAGAGGCGUUUUUAGCUUACUCCUGGCUCCUGAUAUUUACAAUUUCUCUGAAAAUAAAGUAGAGGCACCACAUAUGUUUAUAUUCUAUCUGCAACUACUAUCUUUACUGACGACAGGAAUAAAUUCAUACAUGAUGCUUCAGUCAGCCAAGAUAUUAGGUUUGUGUGCUCUCUCCCUUCCAAGACAAAUGGCCAUCCAAAAUGCCAUCCAUCACAUACAGCAGAUUAUACUGAACACAAUCAAUUUAUAUAAGACAGAAAAAAUUUUGACAAACGUUAACUGGAACGUGGUAGAAGAAAAAGCAACGAUUGAAUAUAAUCCUAUUUUAAAACAGACACACACUGUUCAGGUUUCCCAUCUUCCCAGCAGUUCGAAUGAGGAGUCCCCAACAGAUGAGGUUUUAAUAGAAGAGGCCAGAUUGCAUGUAGCUAUUAUACAAAUGAGUAGCUUUGAAAAGCAGUGUAAUGAUGGAAUCCUCGGAGUAGAGGCAGCUCGGAUAUUAAUUGGUGCAACGAAAAGCUACUGCCCCAUUCAAGGAAAAUUCAUGAGUAUUUCUGAUGUCUCAACUUAUGUGAGAGCUAGAAGUUGGCUUAUAAAGUUUAAAAACAUGUUAAAUUACUUGGAAUAUCACAAAGAAAGGGUACUUUUUAGUGUACCUGGGAAUAAUAAAUUUCUGAUUUUUGUCUAUCGCGUUAUAAUUUCAGAAGAGUUUGAAUAUGCAACACAUGUUGUAUCAAUAAUGUAUAUUUUCCCUGUGAUAAUACAUUUUUGGCCAGUUGCAAGAGAGUUAAACAUAUCGGCACUGAUAUCCAUAAACUACUAUUUUAUGUUUUUGUAUGCAUUAGAAUCAGCACUGAAGAUACUAAUUUUAAAAAGGAAAUAUUUUCUUCAGAAUUGGAACACUUUGGAUUUUUUCAUCAUACUUAUUGGAAUUGUUGAUAUACUGUGCAUGUACUUCAUCAAGCUGAGACCAGACAGCUUGCUUCUCAUCCAGGUCACAGUGGUGAUAGGAUAUUUAAGAGUAAUCAGGUUUUUUCCUAUCUUCAAGAUUAUAAUACCAAUACUAAUCAAUAUGGCAGAUGUACAGAUCAAAAAGAGCCUCAGCUUGAUGUACAGUAUUACAAAAGGCUAUGUCAAAAGUCAGGAAGAUGCCAAACUUUUGGUAAGGCAAAUUUCUGGUCGUGAAUCAAUUUAUCAGAAAUUAUAUGACAUUUUAGAAAAAAACAAACGAGAAGCUGUUAGAGAACUAGGGCUCAUAGAGCACGAAGGCCGUGACGUUGUGAUUGCUCUGAAGACAAAGCAGGCAAUCCGCAAUGUGAUUGCGAAAGCCCUGAAAAACCUCACCUUCCUUUGGUCAAGAGGCAUCAUUGACAAGCACGAGGGCAUUGAGAUGAACAAGGUACUUCUUAAAAAAGUAAAAGCAUUGAAUAACUUUCCAAUGGCGAUCCCACCUCCCACUCCUGACAAAUACCUUCCCAACAUCCUUUGGAUGGAAAAUAAAGACGUUCUUAUUGAGUUCUUCAAGGAAAGAACUAGACUCACCUACUUUGACUAUGGAGACAUCAUUUGUAGAGAAGGUGAAAUGCCACAAGGAAUCUUCUUAAUUAUUUCAGGAAUGGCAAGCUUACAUAGCUCAUCCCCCACCUUUGGGAUAGAGGCAAAUCAGAGGGCUGACAGACAGUUCAAGACUACGUAUACAGAGUACUGUACCAGCGGUGACAUACUUGGGGAGCUGAGCUGUUUGCUUAAGCGUGAAAUUGAAUAUACGGCCAUCUGUGAAACCACUUUGCAGGCAUUCUUCAUCCCCUUGGAGGAUUUAUAUGAAGGCUUUGAUGUCUUCUGGCCAUCUCUGGAAUAUAAAAUGUGGCUCAAACUUGCUCUUGGUAUUGCCAAUCAGUAUUUUGAAUCAACUAUUGCUGGCGAGGAUUUAAACUUUCAGAAGUGUGUGAUGUUCAAUUACGCAUAUGUGGAGACUCUGUCAAGUUAUAACGAAAUGACUCUUAAUCAUGUGACCAUGAAACUUGUUAUCCUGGUGUACGGCCACGUAAUUAACAGCAAGACGGAAGAGCCACAUGUCGCUCCCUACAUUAUUCCUAAGUCCUGUGAGCAGAUCCAGGGAAUUUCAGAUGUAAGCAAACUUCUCAUAAUCCCUACAUCUGAGCCUGCCAAAAAUGACGCGACCUCGCAUGCCAUGGUCAGCACUGGUCUUCGAACGACCAAGAGAGACUAUAACUGGAAGAGAAAAGACGAGCCUGAAGGUGGACACCAUUUUAGAAAGACGUACUAAUGAGACAGCUAUGACAUGUGGAGUCAGAAAAAGGCGGAGCUGACACCCUGGUGCAAAUGACGCCGACUUAGAACUGCUCAACGGCUCACCACUGCGUUUAUCUUAUAAGCAAUUAAUUGAUUACCACAAAGGUUUCAGAGAAGUUGCCUCAUACUCGAGAUACUCGGAAUUCUUCAGGGUAAUAUAAAAUUCUUUAAAACUUAGUGAUGGGGCCUUUCCCCCAGCUGAGCACGAGCCACAACAGUAAAUCAGCAAAUGAGAUGUGCAGCUAGCAUGGUGAUCUAAAUCACAAUACUUGCAAUCUUUCCUUGCGACAUUGCUAUAGUUAGUGUCCUUCUGAUAGUCUGUAUCUUCCCUCUCUCACUUAG